AAUAAAUAAUCCAGUGGUACUGAAGGACAACAGUGAAAUUGGAGGAAGUUUCAUCAGUAUUUUCUGGGGUUUGUUCAUUACUGUGCUGUAGAUACCAUUAAGCCUUCAGGCAAAAGAAGACAACUGUUAGAACAAAAUAUUCAUUUACCCAGAACAACCAGGUCAUGGAGAUUCAUCAGUCUGCUGUGAUUCUGCUGCUGAUCUUGAGUGUUUCAUCCUUCACUCACGGACAACCAGCAGAUAUAUGGCAACGCUAUGUAAAAUUCCUCAAUCAGCAUGUGGAUCCAUUUAUGACUGUGAAUGAUUGUACCAGUAGAAUCGAAAACAGAGACAUCACUGGAACUAAUGGUGCCUGCAAACCUGUCAACUCCUUCAUAGUAGCAAAUGCAGAUACAAUUAAAACAGUUUGUGGCAGAGGAGGAACUCGACUGAGGAAUGAUCGAAACCUGUUUGAGAGCGACCUACGAUUUUUUGUGGUCAAGUGUAAUAUAAAAACAAUUAAGAAUGGAAAGUGUGAAUAUGUAGGGAAGGGUUACACUAGAAAGAUUGUGUUGGCUUGUGAUAAAGGCUGGCCUGUACAUUAUGAAAGGUAA